AUGCUGCGGCCCCCCACGUUCCACGCCCCGGCGGCGGCGGCGGCGGCCUUCGACUCGCACCCGUCCGACGUGGCCCUCGUCAAGUCGUACCUCCGGCCCUGGGUCGCGCAGGGCGUCAGACCGGCGGGCGCCUUCGUGCACGCGGCGGACCUCUACGCCGCCGAGCCCGGCGAGCUCGCGCGGCGGUUCCGCGCCGCCAUGGCGCGGGACGGCGAGCGCGCGUGGUACUUCCUCUCGCCGCUCCGCACCAAGAGCCCCCGCGGGCGCCGCAAGGCGCGCACCGUCGCGGGCGGGACCGGGUGGUGGCACGGCGAGGCGGGGCCCAAGCCCGUGCUCGACCCGCUCGACGGCCGACGGAAGGUCGGGUACCGCCAGAGCUUCUCGUUCAUGCGGCGGGGCGCCGACGGCGCGCCCGUCCGGACCGGGUGGAUCAUGGUGGAGCUCCGCCUCCACGACGAGGACGACGGCGACGGCGCGGGCGGGAUCGGGGACCAGCUCGAGGGGCUCGUCCUGUGUAAGGUGUACCGCAGCCCGCGCCACCCCGGGCACGCGGAGGCGCCGGACGGCGACGACCUGGAGGAAUCUUGCGCGGCCGCGGCGGCGCCCGCGCCAGCUGGGCGCCUUAGCAACGUCGCGGAGGACGACGGGAGCUCCGACUCGCCUAGGCGCCAUAUCAGGACGGCGGACGACGAGACCUCCGGCGCGGCCGUGGUGACGGUUCUUGGGCCCAAGGAGAAGACGGCGGACGACGAGAACGAGACCUCUGGCGCGACCACGGCCGCGGCGCGUGGGGACGAGGAGGAAAAGAAGGCGGCGGACGACGAGGACUCGUCGGCAUCGACGCCUGCGCGCAAGAGGGCGAAGACGGCGGACGACGAGGGCGUUGGCGCGGCGUCGGCGCCCAAGAGAAUGGCCGGCGCCCCGGCGACGCAGCAGCUGCAUUGCCCUCAGUGCGGGUUCCACCUCGGCGCGUUGCAGACGCUCGUGUCCCCGGCCAAAUCCACAUCGGAGACGGAGACAGAGACGGGGAUUGGACAGGCCGACGAAACCCAGGGAGGUGGAAGAACAGGUGAUCUUCCAGCGAAGGAUCGCUCGUUCCGCCACUUCUUUUGA